UGCGUUGUUAUUCCGACAGUGGUGAGCUGGCUUUUGAGUAGCAAGUGAGAGAGUUUAUUUCUGUAUUAUCAGUGCAUUUUUAUUGUGCGUAUCACAAUGACCAAGCUCCUCGAGUGGCUUCUUGGUGUGUCGCUGAUCAGCAUGGUAUGGGGACUCGUUACCUUUGACCUCCUUGAUUUGCAGUUGCCUCCUCAGUAUAGAGAGCUGGCGUGGCCAAUGCCUGUGUAUCUGCUGGUGGCGUUUGGUUGUUAUUCACUGACAACUGUUGGCUACCGUGUGGCCACGUUUAAUGACUGUGAGGACGCAGCCAAAGAGUUGCAAGCACAAAUAAAAGAAGCCAAAGAGGACUUGAAGAAGAAAGGACUGAAGAUGUGAGAAUAACAACUUACUGUUUCUCACAUGCAUCAACUGUUUUGUAUUUUGUUUUCAUAUUACAAAUGCAAACAUAGUCUAAUUGUUUCUGUCUACUUUGUGAUGUCUGUACUAUAUAUGCACUCAGAGCUGCAGCUCAAAGCUGUCCAAACUUGGUUCAAGUCUUUUCUUCAACAUGAUAUUAAUAAUAGUUUUAAAUGUAAACACCUGCACGUGUAAAUGAUCUAUUUCCAGCAUCAUGACAGUCUUAUUUAAAACAUUACAGUCAGGCACAUGCACGUAUUGUCAAUGUAGAGCGGUGCUAUUUCUGUACAACCUCCAGAGUGUGUGUAUUUGCACUGGCCUGGGAAUGAAUAUGUUUUUUUUUUUUAACCAGUUGUUUUUAGCGGAGUCAGAAUUCUGAGUCAGACUUAGAAACAAACCCACAAUGUAGAUUUGUGCUUGCACAAGGACAGUGUUUCAGUAAAUCAAAAUAUGUGGAAUAGAAUUUUGAUUUAAAAUAUGAACCAUGGGACUGUGCUAAGGCUCACAAACUUGUCCUUUUUUUAAAACCUUAAAUAAGGGUUCUACGCAAUUUUUAUGGUA